AUGUUUCCAAGUGAGAGGUUUAGAAACAUUCGGUGUCCAUAUGGUGAAGAGUUAUGUCCUCGAAAGUAUCAUUGCUUUUUUUCUCAUAGGCCAGAUACAUCUGCAAAUGCUAGACUGCCACACAUAAAAGUGGUCAACGAAGCAUUUCCGAAUGAAGAUGGAUCUCCAAAGACAGUCAAAAAACGACCAAGACAGGCAGUACUGGAUCCAGUAGCUUCAAAACGACCUGCUGUUGAUCCGGAUUCUAACAAGCCAACAAUCACUGCAGCGACUAGUCAUGUUCCUACAACAGGUAUCAAAAUAUCUUGCAUGCAAUUCAUGCUAUUGUAUGUUAAAUCUGUUUAUAUUACUACUGGCUUGCGAACACAAAGCAACGAUCAGGAAUAG